AAUGGUGAGAUUCGUUUCAUUCAUUGUGGUGUCAGUUUUUUCGAUCCUAAUACGACAAGCCAAUAUGGCAUGAUUUUUGCAUGCAUAAUUUCACUCACUUGCAUACGAUAGUAUGGCGACAAAAGGGCUCUACAAUGAGAUCAGCUUCAGUUUAAACGACAAGUUGCUUUAAAAAGCUCAGUUUAAGUUAAAUUAGCCUAUGGCGAGCAUACUUUAAACGAGGAUACGACGAGUUAUGCGUCAACCAACACCCGAUACACCGUAUAAAUUCCGGUGAAACACCAUAACCUAUUUUUCAGAUCACAAGAUAAACUGGCUUAUAUUUCACCGCCAUAGAAGCUUCUCCUACUCCAUAUAAAAAUUUCCGCAUAAUCCCUCGAUGAACAGCUUAAUUCCAAAGAUACAAGACGUAUCUGGCUUCAACUCGACUUUAGUUGGUAUUUCCAUUCACCCCGCCGCGCCAUACUCCGCAAUCUUAUCCAAUGUUUUUGAAACGCAACCCCAGUUAAACAUUGUGGAGAAACUUUGGGCGUCCUGGUACUUGUAUAUCAAUAGUGACAUCCUUGCAACCGGUCUUCUCUUCUUCACAGUUCAUGAGCUAAUGUACUUUGGCCGGUGCUUACCAUGGUACAUCAUCGAUAAGAUGCUGUAUUUCAAUAAAUACAAAAUCCAACCCACCAAGAUUCCUUCGGAUAAAGAGCAAUGGGAAUGCCUAAAGGCGGUAUUGAAAUCCCAUUUCUUGGUUGAAGCAGUACCGAUAUGGUUGUUUCAUCCCAUGUGCCAACGCUUAGGCAUAUCCAUCCUGGUGCCGUUCCCUUCUUUAUACACCAUGCUUGUUCAGAUCGGAAUCUUCUUUGCUUGUGAGGAUAUGUGGCACUACUGGGCCCAUAGGCUCUUUCACCAUGGCUGGUUUUACAAAAACAUCCACAAGCAGCAUCACCGCUAUGCCGCUCCUUUUGGGCUAACCGCGGAGUAUGCCCAUCCAGUGGAGGUAAUAUCUUUGGGGUUCGGAACCGUGGGGUUCCCUAUGAUCUACGCCUACUUCACCAGAGACUUGCAUUUGUUUACCGUCACUUGCUGGGUUGUCUUGAGACUAUUUCAAGCCGUGGACUCGCACUCUGGCUAUGACUUCCCCUGGUCAUUGAACAAGUUUAUUCCGUUUUGGUCGGGGGCUGAACACCACGACUUACACCACCGCUACUUCAUUGGUAACUACGCUUCCAGUUUUAGAUGGUGGGACUUCUGUUUGAAAACCGAAGCCGGUCCUCAUGCCAACCGUUUGCGAGAGGAAAGAAUGAAGGUGAGGGUCGAAAAGAAGGCAAAAUUUCAUUAAACACCAUGACAGGGGCAAUAUGAUCGCACUCCCAGACAAUUCUUUUUAUUAGAUGCGCACACUUUCACAGCAAAUUCAGGUAACGGACUACGCUGUUUGCUAGUUAUACCUACGGGGGAAAUAAUGCAAAAAAAAAGGUAUUUACACCAGAACAAUAUAAGUACUCAAAGUCUCGCCGUUGUAGUUAUACCAUCAUUCCAAAGCUAGAACAAGCGGCCAAUCAAAAUACCUGGUUUAUAGAGUAAAAAUAAUUAACUAAACCCAGAUUAUACUGAAGAUUACGGCUAA